CGGGCGUGGAGAAGGGGAGGAGCUGUAGGCAGCGAGUGGCGCGCUGUCCCAGGUCGCAAACCAGUGCACCAGGCGGCGAGGAGCGCGGCGCAGGGAUGCUGCGAGCGGGAGCACCCACCGGAGACUUACCCCGGGCCAGAGAAGUCCACACCGGGACAACCAUCAUGGCGGUAGAGUUUGAUGGGGGCGUCGUGGUGGGAUCUGAUUCCCGGGUGUCUGCAGGAGAGGUGGUGGUGAACCGAGUGUUUGACAAGCUGUCCCCCCUGCACCAGCGCAUCUACUGUGCUCUCUCUGGCUCAGCUGCUGAUGCUCAGGCCAUAGCGGACAUGGCUGCCUACCAGCUGGAGCUCCAUGGAAUGGAAAUGGAGGAACUCCCACUCGUUCUGGCUGCUGCAAAUGUGGUGAGGAAUAUCACCUAUAAGUAUCGGGAGGACCUGUCUGCACAUCUCAUGGUAGCAGGCUGGGACCGACGCGAAGGAGGCCAGGUAUAUGGGACCAUGGGAGGGAUGCUGAUUCGACAGCCCUUUGCCAUCGGUGGCUCUGGCAGCACCUAUAUCUACGGUUACGUGGACGCGGCGUAUAAACGAGGCAUGUCCCCGGAGGAGUGCAGGCGCUUCACCACGAAUGCUAUUGCUCUGGCCAUGAACCGGGAUGGUUCCAGUGGGGGCGUCAUCUACCUGGUCACGAUCACAGCCGCUGGUGUGGACCAUCGAGUCAUCUUGGGCAACGAGCUGCCGAAAUUCUAUGACGAGUGAAUCUUUCUCAGACUUCCCUUCUUUAUUUUACAAUAAACUUUCUGGGACUGGAA